CGCUCUGGAGGGGGCAGGGCGGGGCUCCGGCUCGUGCGGUACGUAGUACGUGUGCUUUACAGUCUUCACGGCAGCUAGCUUGCGACCAGUAAACCAACGCAAAAGCUGGAGUUAGAAUCAUGGUGCUGCUCGAAAAUGACUCGUUUCUCACAGAACUCACACGGCUGUUCCAGAAGUGCAGAACAUCUGGCAGUGUUGUCAUCACGUUAAAGAAGUACGACGGGAGGACGAAGCCAACGCCCCGAAAGGGCCACGCCGAGUCGUUUGAACCAGUAGACAACAAAUGCCUCGUCAGGGCAUCGGAUGGAAAGAAGAAAAUUAGCACAGUGGUUACCACCAAAGAAGUGAUCAAGUUUCAAAUGGCAUACUCCAAUCUCCUCAGAGCUCACAUGGAUGGACUUAAGAAGAAAGAUAAGAAAAGCAAAAGCCAGAAAACCAAAGCAGCAUCAGCAGCAGCAGCAGCAGCAGCAUCUUCAGUAGUGACCUCGCCAAACUCCGCUUUGGCUGCCAGACCUGAUAUUGCGCAACCCAUUCUUAAUAAAUAAAAAAAUAUCAAUAAA